ACAGUCACCGUUCAAGUCUUUCUCUGUAUCUGACCCAUCACCGCAUUAAUGGCUUCCACUUAUUCACAUCAUCUUAUAUUUCUAUAACUGUUUCCCAUCCCUCCGUUGCCAACCCCACCAAGAUAACAGCACUCUCAUUAAUCUCGAUGACAGAACACGGCGAUCACCCACUUCCUAAGCCACGAAGUCGCCGCCGCUGCUGCCUUAUCGUUGGUGGGUCGAUUCUGAUCUUAUUAUUUAUCAUAUUUAUAGUUAUUCUCAUCCUAGCUUUGACUGUGUUCAAGGCUAAAGAUCCUCGGGUCCAGGUUCUCUCAGCUUCCAUCGAAGGCGUUUCCCCUCGCAUCUCGUUCCCCGUUAUUACUAUUGAACUCAACGUCACUCUCAACCUCACGCUUCGCCUCCAUAACCCGAAUCACGCCAGUUUCAAGCACGGCCCUGGAAAGAGUUCCCUCCUGUAUCAAGCUAAACAGGUGGGAGAAGCAGAGCUCAACUCGGGUUUUAUACCCUCUACUGGAACGGUGACGAUUCCUUGCAGGCUUACUAUAGAGGCUGAUAAGUUAGCAUCAAAUCUGAAAAGCUUGAUCAGUGACAUAUUGUCUGGACAUCUUGUUAUGGAAACACGAACGACGAUUCCAGGGAGGGUUAAUUUCCUGGGGAUAUUCAAGAAGCAUGCUGUUGCUACUUCUGCAUGCAAGUUCACUAUUGCUUUUCCUGCUAUGAAGAUUCAAGACCAGGAGUGCAAGAGCAAGACCAAGUUAUGAGAGUAAACCUCACAAACAUGUGUUUGUGGUUUUUGAUUGAACAAUCCUUUAUUACAGGUUUUGCUGUUUUGUCUCCGGGCGUUAUACAGCCAGGAAGCAUGUUAUUGUCUUCUGUUUUAAUUAGGCCGAUCUGAUUUUUGGGUUCAGUAUUGUAGUUUGUAGAGUUUCUUAGAAAUCCAGAUACAUUUGUCUUCCACCGCCUGUGCGCCGAGGCGAGACAGAUUCUUGUACAUAUGCAAACAAAUUUCUCUAUUUUUUAUAUAUUUUUUGGCUUUAUAUA